CCAGUCCCACUUUCGCCUGGUACACUGGUCAUUCAUUGCAGUAUUUCUGGCACGACAAGGAGCCUGCAGUUGUGAUUUGAGCGGAGAAGCAGGAGGGAAUGAGAGAGAGAGAGAGAGAGAGAAAAAAACACUGAACUGUCACAGGAUGUGGUUUUACUGAACACGCACUGCUCGAGAGAAGAACAUUUUUGGUGCAUGACGUUCUCAACAGCCAGAAGGAAGUCGAGGGAUAUAUUUAGACCCCAAAAGCUUGAAUUGUAAAGUUUGUCAAAGGACAUUUAUUCGGAUUGGGUUUUUUUUUUGCAUUCAGCCUGAUCUCCCCCCAGCCUGAGCCUGAGCCUGAGCCUGAGUCACUGCUUGUACUUGUUUUGUGUUCAGUGUUGAUCAAGACCACUGUGUGGCUGCUAACUCUGUUUGAGUUUCCUCGGGCUCCACUGUGUUUUGACUGGUUGUGUGGAAACAAAAUUAUGCAAUUACCUUAAAGAAACUGAGAAGAUGGGCUGUGGACUGCCAAAGCUGGAGAAGCCCAGUGAAAACAGCCCAGGCAAAAUCUACUCAACACUGAAGAGAGCACAGGUAGAAACCAAAGUGGGCAUUGCAUAUGAGUAUAAACUCCUGGACUUCACUACAACGCAGAAUGAGAUAACCACGCUAUCUGGGGGCAGACUCUCAUCUCUGCAGGAUUUGCCAGCUCAGCUUCAGGAACUCUACCAGAAAGGCUUUGUCUUGACUGCCUUCCAUCCCUUUGUCCUGCCCACGGAUAAGCAGACGAUAACUCCAGAAGAGCAAAUGUUCAGGGCCAUUCUGAUCAAACCAGCAGUGAGCUCUGAAGACAAUCAUAUCAAGACGGAGCCAUGCAGCCUGGAAGUAGAAUUGUGUUUGCAGUCGGAGCAGCUUCUUAACUCCAAACUGCUAGCAGAUGUUCUACAAAAAGUGCAGGAAGGAUCAGGAAAAGGGAUACAAUUUGUUGGACUUGUGCAGCGUCAAUAUUCCAAGGUAAAUUUGGCUGAAACUAUCGCAGAGACCUUAGUGAGUAGCGACUCAAAAGAGGAAAGCAAAUCUGUGGAAAAUGUGCAAAAUGGUGUGAAUACUGAUGAAAGUACAGAGAAUCAGGAAAAAGAGGCUACAAAUGGGGAGUCAAGACAGGAAAGAAGCCCAGAGGAGAGGUCACAAUCUGAAGGAGAACAGGAACAAGUGAAAGAUGAAGGACAAAUCAAUGGACAAGCUCUGGCAGAUUCGGCAAGCGGGGAAGACAGUGGACUGAUGAAAAACGAGAGCUUAGUUAGUCAUAAGACGGAAGAUAAAGCAAGUGAUGAAGAAGGAGUUUCACUUCAAGCAGAGAAAGCCAAAGCAGCAGAGGGACUGCAGGGUGGGGAGGCAGCUGGAGGUGAGCAAUCUGUCAUAGAGACAAGUGAACACCCUGAGGUGGAGAAGAACCCAGGAAGCAUUGAAGCAGAUGAGAUCACUUCUGAGUCUGAUCCUAAAAGCAGGAAACAUGAGGGCCAGUCGAGUACAGGAAAGCCUGAAGAGGAUGGAAAGAAAACUGGAGUGGAAAAUGAGUUUUUUGUCCUUUUUAAUAAGCCGCAAGAAAACCAGAAAUGCUACAAGUACUACACUGCUACAAUUCCCCUGAAGAUCUUUAAAAAGGGACAGGAUAUUAACAGUAUUGAGGCAGACUGGCUGGAACACAUGACCCAGCACUUCACAAAGGGAGCCUCGCUGGUCGACGCUUUGAUCUGCCUUGGAACCUUGACAGAUUCGGCAUCAAAGUCAGUGGAUGGGCUGUUUAUCUUUCAAGAAAUAUCUGAGGGCAAGUGUGAAACCUACGAUGCAAUAGUUGUAGAACAAUGGACAGUGAUUAAUGGAGUGGAGGUGAAAACAGAUUAUGUUCCUUUGCUGAACUCUUUAGCUAUCUACGGCUGGCGGUUAACCUGCGUGCUUCCUACUCCCAUUGUAAAGAGAGACAGCGAAGGGAACCUUGGUACAAAGCAGAUUGUUUUUCUUCAGAGACCCUCAUUACCCCGCAAAGAAAAGAAGAGAGAGUCAAAGAAAAAAUCGGCAAAAGAUGAUAAGACAAGCAAGCAAAGCAAAAACUGCUCAAAGCUGAAAAAUGGCAAACUGGCUGACGCAAACAAGGCAGAAAAUCAGGGGCAAAGCACAGCAGGGGUGGAAGGCAAAGUGAAUGGUGACAAUGAAAAUCCCUUGAAAGCAGAGGAAGAUGAGAAGGAAAGUGCUGCAGCAGCUGAGCCUUUGCAAGACUCUGACUGUGUGCAAAACACAGAAAGGCAGAAAGCUGCAGAAACGACUGGGUGUGCUGGUGAAAUCUCCGUUUCAGAAAAUGCACUGGAUAAAGGCAGUGACAUGAAAGACAUUUGGGAAAAAGAGGAUCUUAAAGAUGAACGGGAAGAGAUUGAGAAUAAAUUUUGGAACGACACUAGUAACAGAUGUGAGGAAGAGGUCAGUCAAGCAGAAAUUGCAGCUCCAGUGAGUGGUACGUACCCAGGCCCCAGUCAGGAGCUUGGCAUUGCUCCAGCUGAAGAGGCAGCAGCUGAAGCCUCAGGGGAAACAGCUUUGCCUGGCACACAAAUAACUGAGUUGGUACCAGAGAAAGAGGAAGAUGGAACAGCAACGUUUGAUGGUGGUAAUGCAGGCGCUGAGUAAAGCAGAACUCCGAUUAUAACUGAGAUCAGAAGAAAAUAAAAAUUUAUCGUGUUUUAUCCUGUGGAAUAUUCUUUUACCUGCUAGAUUGUAAUAUACUUUUUACUGUUCUGAUAAACUUUUUAAGCCUUAUUGACUCUUUAUUGACAUAGUGAAUGAGGUCAAACAACUUGUACCCCCUUUGCUUGCUGUGCAAUAGAAACUAAUACAGAUGUAGGCCACUGGUUCAUGUCUUUUCUUAUCUGAUGCUACAAUUGUUAGUGUUACAUUUUAACAACAGAAUUAAUAAUGUGUAAAAAUAUUCAAAUGAGAUUUUUUUAUUGCUUUUUUUCACAUGAGACGAAUUGAUGUAACAAUCAAAAAUGUAACAUUUUUAUACAAAAUGAAAUAUGUUUAAUUCAGUAACAAUCAUUAUUUUCCAGGUUAUGUGUGUUUGAUUUCAUUUUUCUAAAUAAAGCAUUCUUUUA